GAUGUCACUGAAGCUUUUCCAGUUCUCUUCUUUGCUUCAAAACCAGAUCCAACCCACCCAGAGAAAUGGCUUCCUUACAAGAACUGCUUGUAGAGGAAGGACUUGGGCUUCAGCGCUGGAAACUUCCCAAGACUCGAAACCCUGUGAAGCAGAGAGAGAGAACACAACCGCACGAGUCAAUAGCACUGCCUAUAUACAUCUGCCAUGAUCGAUAUUCUUUCGAUGUCUCGAAAAUGAAGACCGAGAAGUCUGCGUCGAAAAAUGGGUCUUCAGUCUUUUCAUCUAGAAGAGUGCGUUCGGUAUCCGAGAGAUCGCACUCCAAGUCAUGGGUGCCAGAGGGUUCAAGAAGACAUGAGCCUGCAGCACCAAUUGAUGAAGUUGCCACUACAGCAGUGAUUUCUAUCCUCAGCGGAUACAUUGGUCGUUACGUAAAAGACGUGAACUUCCGGGAAACACUUCGAGAAAAGUGCAAGUCUUGCUUGGUGAGAAAAAAGAAGGAACCGGAUCAUAAAGGGAUUCUCGUGAACGUAGAACUCGGUAUUGAGAGCGUGGAGAAGUUGGUAGAAGAUCAAGGGACAAUUAGGAAGGAACUAAGAACGAAGACGUUAAGGAAUUCCAUUCGGCUUCUGAGUAUUGUUGAUUCCUUGAAUUCUAAAAGCUCGAAGAAUGGUUCAACUUGUGGAACACCAAAUUCGCAUAUCUACGCAUGUGCUCAGCUUUACUUGGCAGUUGUAUACAAGCUUGCGAAAAAUCAUCGGACUUCUGCUAGGCACCUACUUCAAGUUUUCUGUGAUUCCCCGUUUCUAGCUCGAACAAACUUGCUUCCUGAUCUUUGGGAGCAUUUCUUUCUUCCCCACCUUCUUCAUCUUAAGAUAUGGUACACUAAGGAACUCGAGACUCUCUCGAACUUGGACAAUGCUAAAAAGGAGAAGAUAAUGAAGGCCUUGAACAAGGUAUACAAUGACCAAAUGGACAAGGGAACUACUGACUUCGCUCUGUACUAUAAAGACUGGCUUAAAUCUGGGGUUAAGGCCCCUCCUAUUCCUACUGUGCCUUUGCCGUCAAAACCCAGUUAUAGAUCCUCGAGAAGGAGAUCGUCAGAUUCUUACACUUCACAGUCCAUGAACAAGAACUUAUACCAACAUGUAUUCGGUUCCACGCUUGAGCGAAGUUCUAUGGACCUCUUUGAUCCAAAUGGAGCUUCAGUUGAUACGUGCGAUUUAGAAGAAGAUGUGAAACUGUGUACAGAUGAAGAUAACUGCCGCUUUGUUAAUAAAGGAGAUGGGACUGAUCGAGGGUCAUCAAGCCAAAAUUUGAAAGAUUCGAGACCUGAAUUGUUACCGGAGACGCAAAAAUCGAACUAUUUCCGGUUCUUUGACUGCAGAAGCCUGCCAGCAGAAUGCUUAGUGGAUGGCAUUCAUACAUCUAGGAAUGGCUCAGUCAGACAGGAAGGAAGUACACAUUCAAGUGAGUUAAGUAGAGCCAUUUUCACAGUUUGCUCCUCAGAUAUUCUAAGCGAGUGUGAAAUUGCAAUUCGUAUAAUCAGCAAAGCCUGGUUGGACUCGCAUGGUGAUCCUGCCGUAGAAGCUGCAUUAUCAGAAGCAUCCGUUAUUGAGGGGAUGCUAGAGGUUUUAUUUGCCUCGGAUGAUGAUGAAAUUUUAGAAUUCUUAAUUUCAAUUUUAGCAGAAUUUGGAGGGAGGAAUAAGGUGAUUAGGCAGAUUAUACUGAAUUCGGAUCCACAGCUCGAAAUUUUCACGAGACUUCUGAAGAGCACUAGUCUAUUUCUAAAGGCUGCUGUUCUGCUUUACCUAUUAAAGCCCAAGGCAAAACAGAUGAUUUCGUUUGAGUGGGUGCCGCUAAUCCUCCGAGUUUUAGAGUUUGGAGAUCAAUUGCAGAUCCUAUUUACAGUAAGGUGCAGUCCUCAGUUGGCAGCAAUAUACCUUUUAGACCAACUCCUCACAGGUUUUGACGAAGAUAGAAACUUAGAGAAUGCUAGACAUGUGGUUUCUCUUGGGGGAAUGAAUCUGCUGGCGCGAGGAAUUGAGACAGGGGAUACUCAUGAUAGGAGCAAUGCUGCUUUGCUCAUGACAUGUUGCAUUCGAGCUGAUGGAAGCUGCCGAAACUACAUUGCCGAAAAUCUGAACAAGGCUUCUCUUCUUGAGCUUAUUGUUCUCGAGAGCAGCAAGAAUUCUUACAGCUGUGCAUUUGCUUUACUAACCGAGUUACUCUGCCUUAGAAGAAGAACACAGAUGAUAGAAUUUUUAUGGGGACUGAAAGAAGGAUGGAGUGCCAUGCCCACCAUGAACAUUUUAUUAGCCUAUCUCCAGAGAGCGCCACCAGAAGAAUACCCACUGGUCGCAGUAAUCUUAUUGCAGAUUGAUCUUUUGGGUGAUUCGAUGAAGAGCAGUGUAUAUAGAGAAGAAGCGGUUGAGGCAAUGAUAACAUCUCUGGACUGUAGAAUAUGUAAUGAUGAGGUUCAAGAACAAUCAGCAAGAGCUCUUCUGAUGUUGGGUGGCCGUUUUUCUUAUACUGGAGAGGCAUGGGCGGAAAGAUGGCUUUUACAGCUAGCAGGCUUCCAUGAAAAUUCAUGGGAUUCAUUUCGUUGCAAAGAAAUUGAUAUUGAUGGUUUCAUUCACUCGAAUGGAGAGGAAGAGGCAACAGAAGACUGGCAAAGGAAAGCAGCCACCGUCUUGUUCAAAAGUGGGAACAAGAGAUUACUGGCUGCCCUUUCAAAUUCCAUAGCCAACGGCAUCCCAAGCUUAGCACGAGCUAGUAUCAUUACCCUUACUUGGAUGACCAGUUUUCUCCAUUCAAUUGAAGAUGAAGAUUUGCAUUCCAUGACAUGCUCAAUUAUCAUGCCACAGCUGCUAGAAUCCUUGGAUUUUGAUAAAGAUCCCGAGGAAAGAGUGCUGGCUUCAUACGCACUACUAAAUCUCAUGAAGAGUUCAGUUUCAGCUGUUUGCCGCACUCUUGACCAAAAUUUUCGUCUGGUUUCCCAACAGAAUGCGUUUCAAUGCUCUCAUCAUGGGAUAAAGAGUUGCUUGGCAAUCUACAGAAUCUCUCCUUGGUGACAUGGACAGCUAGUGAGCUUAUUUCAAUCAUCACAAGUAGCUCAAGGCACUAGUAGUAAAAUGCAAGCAAACCACCAGUUCCAAAUUUCCUUGUGGUUUUGUGUUUGUGUAAUAUUUCCUCGUGAUUUUCUUUCUUGUUUCCCCCUUCAUUUUUUCUUUUUUAGCAGUGUAUAUUUAAGGAAUCAUAUAUCAAAAACAAAUCUGAAACUAGAAUGUCUAUUAUCUCCAACCGAAGUAAAAACAAAACAUGGAACUAACCAGAUUAAUGCACAGAUUUAGAUUACUCA